UCUGUAAACUUACAGAUAGCGUUUUAUUUAGAAUGUCCUGGGAUGAUAAAAAGUGUAGAGAUUUGUUGUGUCCGAGAUUCAUUUGAAUAACUCUACAUAAUGGCAACCACAAAGACUGACUACAGUUAAAAAAUAUUGUAAGCAAUGAUUACAAUAUGGAGAAGAAAAUGUUUGCGUGUUUUGAUUUUUGCCAUUUGCGUUGUUGUGAUUUGGAAUUUCGUUUCUGUGUACUGGAUUAUGGAGGUACGAUUACCCACCCAAAUCCAGGUAGUUAUCGCCAAGAAAGAAGGGGAGGUAAUUCUCGUUGGACGAAAACAGCCGAAGCAGACGGCAGCAGCGACAACAAUUAUGCCAUCAGAUGCCACUAGACCCAAGAUCUGUGAAAACUGUUUUCAUACCAAAUUUAGGUACAUUGUAGAAAGUGAUGUAUGUACUAGAAACAUAUCUCAGAACGCUUCAAUAUUAUUACUGGUGUUUUCCAAACACGAAAACCGCAAUCAACGAAACGCUCUUCGCAGAACCUGGCUAUCACAGGCAAAAGGGAACGUUACUUAUACAUUCGUGUUCGGGAAAAGUACGAUGGAAGAGCUCAAUUACAAUGUUGCAGACGAACAAAAAAUACAUUCUGACAUUCUUUUGAUUGAUUUUAUUGAAAGUUACCGAAAUCUCACACUAAAAACGAUAUCCGCAUUCAGGUGGGCUGUGCAAAACUGCGGCCACGUUAAUUACGUAAUGAAAGUUGAUGACGACAUGUGGGUGAACUUGGAAGCUUUGCAGGAAAUGGUCACUUCACCGUUGGGUUUGUCAACUAACAAACUGUUUGGAAGCUGUUCUAUGAACGCACGUCCUUUCAGGGAUCCUACUCACAAAUAUUACGUGCCAUUCUCAAUGUACAACGAAUCCAUAUACCCGCCAUAUUGUUCGGGAACAGGGUAUUUGACUAAUAUGGCACUUAUCAAAGAAGUGGUGAACCUUUCACCUAACAUUCCGUUUUUCCCAUUGGAGGAUAUUUAUAUUGCCUUGUGCUUACAGCAUCUUGGGUAUAAAAUACAUAAUAUCGGAGAAUUUCAUGCUUACAAAGUGUACCCUCACCCUUGUUUGUAUCGUUCUCAUAUCGUCAUCACAAGUCAUGGCGUCACGGCAAACGAGCUAAAGAUGAUCUGGAAAGCCAAUUGCAAGGCUCAGAUCAGGGCGUGGAUGGGUAAGGGGGUAAGAAGCGGGGGGCUCGUUCCAAUGAACAGUCAUUACGACAAAGUUGAAGUGAUUCAAGAGUCACGGGGAAAACGGAUUGUUAGAGGGAAGAAGUCGAUAAACAGCUUUAAAAACCCACCGUUGCUGAAAUUAAACAAAUAUGGACGACAUGUCCCUGUCGGUGGUUGAAUUCCUCUUAUACUACAUGUUUAUAAAUUCAACUUUACGUAAGGAUUUCUUUACACAUGCCUGUAUUAUUGAUCAAAUAGAACUUAUAGAAACGAUAUUAACCUUUCUUGUCUUUUAAAAAAAAAGAAGCUUUGCGUCGGUUGACAAUGGUUUCUCGGGGUGUCAAUUUCAUCUGUUACCCUCCUAAACAUGCACUUUUUAUAAAAUACAAAAUCUCUUAAAAGGAAAUCUGUUAAUGUGAAAUUAAUUUUAAAGUCUCUUAGAGCAGCCCAUGCCACAUUAAGGAGGUUGGAACCUGCUUUUAAAAGUCUUUAAUUUUUUUAAAUUCUCCAGCUGAACCAAAAUUCAAAACAAAACUUGGGAACUGGUGCUACAGUGCAUUAAAAUUGACCUUUCUGCACUGAAAGUGCAAUUUACAGAUAAAUCUCCUCCUUCUAUUAUUUUAUAUUAAGGAACUAU